CUUUUAUGAUAAGCCAGCUAUAUGCCUUACUGCGGGUAAGCGCUCGUGUGUGAAGUGUUCGUUUUCAUUAUCACUUUCUGUUAUCUUGAAAAAUAAAUAUCAUGAAUUUUUAAUCAUUUUGUUAUCAAUUUCUAACUAGUUGAGUGCACCUUUUGCACGUGUGAAGUGUGAAAAGGAAUGUUUUUUCAAAACAUUUUCAAAUACAUAAUACAGUAAAUUUAAUUAAAAUUUUAUAUUUCAUAUUAGUGUAAAUUUUUUUUCAAUUAUGGAUUCGCAAUCGUCCGGAGUAGGUUUUAAACGCAAGAAAAAGCAUAUUUCAAAUUAUCAACGAGCAAUGAAGUACUCUAAACGAGGAAAGUUUGGUCAUGGUUUUCAAAUUCAAGAAGAUGAUUUUCAGUACUUUUUGAAUAUUCUUAAAGUGUCGAAAGAAGCAUUUGAAAGUGAUGAGGAUAAAUGUAAUUUUGUGGAUAAUGUUUUCAAGCAGUUAAAGGGAAAUGAAGUGAACUAUUGCAGUAACCAAGUAGUGUCUCGUGUAAUUGAUGAUUUAUUACCAGCUGCUAGUGAUGAGACUGUAUUUAAUUUAAUUGAACAAUUUGAAAAAGAUUUAAGACCAAUUUGCUGUGAUCAGUUUGCCAGUCACGUACUUCAACAGUUAUUACACAAUGCUACAUAUAGAGCAUUUAAAAAUGUAACUAAAGAAGUAUCAGAAUCCACAAAAGAAAAUUAUCUUCAUUUUAUAAAUAAGUUAUGCAAAUUUAUAUUAAAUAACUUGGAAGAAUUUGUAUGGGACACGUAUGCUAAUCAUAUUGUACGCAGUUGUAUGGCAUGUUUAUGUGGUGAACCAUAUUUAUCUUCUAAAAACUCUCAUCAAAAAGGUGAAAAAGUUGAUACAAACAAAGAACUUAAAAAUUUAUUGAAGAAAUAUGCUGACAAUUUAAUUAGUGUUCAACAGUUUUCAGAAAUGCCUAAAACUGAUAUUACAUCUGGACUUUUACAAGUAUUAUUGAAAUGUAUUGCACCUGUAUCUAAAAAAAGAUAUAAAGCACUAGUUGAUAAAUUAAUGAGCGUUACAUUUUCGAAAAAUGAAAGUUCUUCUGAAAAUAUUUUAAAUGUUCUCGAAAACAGUUCAUUUGCCAGACUGCUUGAUGUUAUUAUUUCUGAAUCAUCAGAAAAAUUUAAUAAAUCAUUAUAUUCUACAUAUUUCAUGAAUAAACUUGGAGAUUUAGCUGUUCAUCGCAAUGGAAAUUUUACCAUUCAAAAAUUAUUAUUGAAAACCACAGAUACCAUACAAUUUGAAUCAAUGUUUGAUCAACUAAAGGAAAAAAUACCACAGUUGAUUAAUCUUGGAUAUACUGGAGUUUUAUUAGAAUUGUCUAAUGUUUGUUUAAGACUGAAGAGUAAACAAGCUUUAUUUUUUAAAACAUUAUGUGAAUCACUUAAAUGCAAAGAAGAAACCGAAGAUGGUAUUACAGUUUUAUUAAUUCUUAGUUUAAAAGUUAAUGAAAAUUAUGAUAAUUCUUGUAAUGAACCACCAAUUAAUAUUCAUGGGUCAAUGAUAGUUCAAAAUUUAUUGAAGUUCAAUAAACCAAUUAAAAUUAUAAAUAAUUUAAUCAAUUUAAACUCUGAACGUCUUGUAUACAUACUAUGUGAUGUAAAAGGUAGUUAUAUUGCAAAUGCAUAUUUUGAAAGUGAAUUUAUUGGAGAAAGAAGUCGUGAAAAAAUGAUCUGGAAAUUAAAAGAUUAUUAUACAACUUUGGCAAAAUCUAAAAGUGGUUCUCGUGCUUUUGACUGUAUAUGGAAAGUAGCAGAUUCAAAGCAGCAUUUGAUGAUCAUGACUGAAUUUUUACGACAUGAAUCUGAUCUUACUAGUACACAAUUCGGUUCUAUAAUUUCAAAUAAAUUAAAUUUGGGUUUAUUCAGGCAUCAGAAAGAUGAGUGGCUAAAAGCAGAUCAAAAUAAACUCAAAACACUUAAAGUGUUUGAAAUUAAUAAAUACUGUUAAAUUGAUUUUAAUAUUAAUAUAUAUAUACAUAUUAAGGUAAAAGUUGAUUAGUUACUAAUAGUAUAACGUCUACUAUCCACCAAAUUCCACCACCUCCAAGUGUCAAUAAUUUUCCUACGGCU